AUGGGAAGGUUUGCUACGGAAAUUCUUCUAGAUGUCUUCAACCUGAGCUGGAAGGAGGGAAAACUUCCACAGAUCUGGAGGGAGGCGAUCAUGGCACCUAUCCUAAAACGUGGAAAGGACAAGGUUUGCUUCAGGUCAUUCCGGUCAACAGAGGAUCAAACAACACACCUUGCACAAGAAAUCGAAAAUGCCUUUCAGGCAAAAACGGUUACUCUAGUAACAGGGGUAGACCUUCAGAGAGCAUUUGACAAGGUAUGGAUGGAUGUUACUCUGGUGAAACUACAGAGGAACGGUGUUGGAGGCUCCAUGUACAGAUGA